CCGGGCCGGGCCGGGCCUGCUCUUGGGUUGCCGUGGCAACGCCAGCAUUUCCAGGCCGUGGGGGCCAGGCUGACGAGGCGCCGCCAUCUCUGGAGACGGAGCCGCGGGGCCCGAUGGCCGAGGACGGCCGGCGUGGCGAUGAGGGGGAGCGGGGCCCCGGCGCCCUGUACCAGAUGUUUGUUACGAUGGAGGACCUCCUGGACAAACUGAAGCUGAUGAACUACGAGGAAAGUCUGAUCCGAAAGAACAACAUGAAGCCCCUGUCCAGACACUACUUUGCUCUACCCACAAAUCCUGGUGAACAAUUCUACAUGUUUACAUCGUUAGCAGCUUGGCUGCUAAACCAGACAGGGCGCACAUUUGAACAACCACAAGAAUAUGAUGAUCCAAAUGUAACUAUAACUAAUAUUCUGACAGAGCUUCGUGCAUUGGGAGGCUCUGUGGAUUUCCCUCCCAACAAACUAAAGCAAGGUUAUGGGGAGCAGGUGUGUUAUGUCCUGGAUCGUUUGGCUGAAGAAGCCCUAAAAUUUACUGGUUUUAAUUGGAAAAGGCCUGUGUAUCCAGCAGAAGAGAUGGAAGAAGAAGCAUUAAUAGAGGAUGAUGCCGAAUUAACAGUGAACAAAUUGCAUGAUGAAUUGAUUGAGGAGACAGAAGAUUAUGAAGAAGGGGAGCCUUUCCUGGAUCUGGAGGUUUUGAAAGCUCAAGGACAAAAUACAGAGGGAUUAGAGUGUUCCAAACCAGAAGAGAUCUUGGAGUCAACAACAGAUGCUGCAGAGUGGAAUCUGGAGGUGGAACGAGUUCUUCCACAACUUAAGGUUACCAUUAGGACUGACAACAAGGACUGGAGAAUUCAUGUUGACCAAAUGCACCAGCAUAAAGAGGGAAUUGAAACAUCUCUUAAAGAGACAAAGAGCUACUUGGACAAGCUUCAAGAUGAGAUUAGUCGAACUCUGGAAAAGGUCAGCAGCAGAGAGAAAUACAUCAACAACCAGUUGGAUAAUUUGAUCCAAGACUUCCGUGCUGCUCAAGCUCAACUGAGUGAGGCCAAAGACAGAUAUCAACAAGGAAGCGGGGGAGUUACAGAACGAACAAAGCUUCUGUCUGAGAUAAGUGAAGAGUUGGAAAAAGUGAAACAAGAUAUGGAAGAAAAGGGUAGCAGUAUGACUGAUGGAGCUCCAUUAGUAAAAAUCAAGCAAGCUUUGACGAAGCUGAAACAAGAAAUAACUCAAAUGGAUAUCCGAAUAGGCGUUGUGGAGCAUACCUUGCUGCAGGCCAAACUCAAAGAGAAAUCAAACAUGACCAGAGACAUGCAUGCAACCAAUAUUCCAGAAACCACAAUAGGUGGUUAUUGACAUUCUAUGUUUAUGUCUAAACUAUAGCUUGUACUUUAUCUGUUAGUCUUUAUGGAAGGUUAUUGGAAUCUUGGAAUUUUACUGAGGGAUCAAAAAUUAGCAUUUGAAAAUAUAUUCAACUGCUGGAAUAAAUUAACUAUUAAAUCAGUAAAUGCAUUGCUUUCUAGGUACUGUAACAAACAUUUACACAUAUUUAUAGUCACAAGCAAAGGUGAUGUAAAAUAAUGCCAGUGCUUCUUUCAUUUAUAACAUGACAAGAUUUUUAUUUAGCAAACCUUGCACGUCAUAUAAUAUCAGCAGAUCUUGUGAAAGUAUUUUCAACUGUUGGAACAAAUUAAUUACUUUAAAUCACCAGAUGCAUUACUUUCUAUGUAUUAUAAUGAACAUGUACACUUAUUUAUGGUCAAAAGCAAAGCUGAUUUAAAAUAAUGUCAGUACUUCAUUUAAAACAUAAUAUUUUUCUUGACAAGACUUAUUUAUCAAACCUUGCACUUAAUGUUAUCAGCAGAUCUUGUGCCAAUAUUCCCAUGUCUGAAUUACUGUCUACACUUCAAACAAUUAAAUUUGCAAUAACUUUCAACAAUUUGCUGUAAACUAUUGCAGCUCCUUAAGGAACUUCAAUAUUUCUAAAGACAUGUUGUAAUAAAUGCCUUAAAAACCUUAAUCUUUAGAUCAUAAAGCAGCAUUAGCUAUCUGUAACUAUUAUGAAGCUAAUCUUAAAUCUAGUCUUGAAUCCAUAAAUAAUAUAAAACUGAAUGUUACCAAUUGUAAUUCCAUUCCUUGAUUUAUUGGUGGUAAUUGCUUCAAAUGUUUGAUUCUAUUUUUGUGCUCUUUGGUAUUACUUCCUUACAGCUGUCCCCGAGAUUUGAUAUUACUUCCUUGCAGCAGUCCCCGAGAUUAUCCAUAAUACAUAUUCUUAAUUACUUUAACAUUAGUUUCAUGAACUGGUUUUUUGAAUUAGCCCAAAAUACAGUAAAUACAUAAUGCAAAAAUAAAUCUGAAAUUGUACAUAGUUUAUUACUUUACAAACAUUGCAAAUAUUUUAAGCAUUUUAUAAAUAUGCUUUUGCAAUUUUAAAUGUUUGAAUAAAAUUAUUUUAUAAGUA